AUGUCUGCUAUAUUUACUGAAUCUACCCAUGGUAAACGACAAUUAUGCUACCUCGGUUAUCGAUAUUCUUUGAAACGUAAGAAUCAAAAUGGUUCGGAAUAUUGGAUAUGUGUUAAAUGUCAAACAACAGCUACAAGUUACUUAGAUUUAUCAGUAAUUGUUCGUGAAGAUCAUAUACAUCUACCUGACGAAACUGAUAAAGAAGUAUUAGAAAUGCGACAAAAUUUAAAACGAAAAGCUAUCGAAGAAUCUACUCCUAUUGAUCGUAUAGUUGAAGAAGCAUUUCAUGCAAUUAAUAGCCAAUCUCAAUCUAAU